AUGAGAGAUUUUAUUGGCUUAGGAUAUUCAGAAUUGACCAAAGACUUUCGUAUUUGCGAAGGCCAGCAGCCAAGUACUUUGCACCGUAUCAGACCAAUACCUACAAAAAUAUUUGUAAAGACCGUGAUUAUUCCCACUCAUUGUAAAAUUACGGUCAUUUUGAGUAGCUCCAUUGUGUUCUUUAGCGAAGUCAUAGUGGAAUCUAUUCUUUAUUGCUUUCAAGAGUUUUUGAUAUUCUCCAUCUGUUGCUGUUUCUUUACUGCCUCCGUUCCCAUCGUAGUAAACAGUCGUUACUACUACAAUUUUUGGGCUAUUACAUAG